AUGGCGUUGACGCCUGCUGCGCGGGGUCUGAUCCCUCGAGUCUCUCGCCGAUGCUAUUCCGCAGCUCCAUCCCCGGCGGCAAAGCUCAACUUACCGAUCGACUACAAAUCCACCCCCUUGCUACAUCAUACACCCUCUUCAUUAUCAAAUAUCCCAGAUUUCCCAGCUGCAGCCACUAGCAAGCGGAUGAACUUCUUCCAGUCCAUCAACUCCGCCCUUCGAACCGCCCUAUCGACCUCGGACAAGGUCUUACUUUUCGGUGAAGAUGUGGCAUUUGGAGGUGUCUUUCGCUGUUCUAUGGACUUACAGACGGAGUUUGGCUCAGAUCGAGUAUUUAAUACUCCGUUGACGGAGCAAGGGAUUGCGGGAUUCGCCAUUGGCGCCGCCGCCGAGGGCAUGAAGCCCGUCGCGGAAAUCCAGUUCGCCGACUAUGUCUUCCCGGCGUUCGAUCAAAUCGUCAACGAGGCGGCAAAGUUCCGAUACCGAGAGGGAGGGACAGGCAUUAAUGUGGGUGGCUUGGUCAUUCGAAUGCCAUGCGGUGCCGUCGGGCACGGUGCACUGUACCACUCACAGUCCCCAGAAGCACUUUUCGCACAUAUCCCUGGCGUACGAGUGGUGAUGCCACGCUCUCCUUCGCAGGCCAAGGGCCUUCUCCUGUCCUCCAUCUUCGAACACAACGACCCUGUCAUCUUCAUGGAGCCUAAAAUACUCUACCGAGCCGCUGUUGAACAUGUCCCCAACGAAUACUACACUAUUCCAUUGAGCAAGGCCGAAGUAAUCAAACCAGGCAAAGACUUGACAAUCAUCUCCUACGGGCAACCUCUGUAUCUUUGCUCGGCUGCCAUCUCUGCCAUCGAGAAGACCAUGAAGGGCGUGAGUAUCGAGAUGAUCGAUCUGCGCACAAUCUACCCGUGGGACCGUCAAACCGUUCUUGAGAGCGUCCGCAAGACCGGAAGAGCUGUUGUAGUUCACGAGAGCAUGAUCAACUACGGUGUUGGGGCUGAGGUCGCCGCAACUCUGCAGGAAGGCGCUUUCCUCCGGUUAGAGGCCCCUGUCAAGCGAGUUGCCGGAUGCACCACACACACGGGUCUUUCCUAUGAACAGUUCGUUCUACCUGAUGUUGCAAGGAUCUACGAUGCCGUUAAACGGACACUGGAAUACUGA